UUCACUCCGCAAAUCGAGCACCAUGUCGGCCAAGGAAGCUACUCCAGAAGCUGCUCCGAAGGCAGGACUGCCAACCCUUCACCACCUCUCUGACUCGCAAUCACAAAGCAUUGUCUGGCUCCUCGAAGAGGUCGAUGUCGAAUACAAUCUGGUCCUCUACAAACGAGAUCAAGGCCAUCGUGCGCCACCUGAACUUCUCGAUGUCCAACAGCUUGGAAAGUCUCCUGUCUUCGUCGCGGCAGACGGUCGAACCAUCAUCGAACGCAGCGCCAUCUCCGCAUACAUCCUCAAGACCUACGAUACGACUGGCAAGCACGCGCCAAGCGAUUGGGUCAAGGAUGAAAUCUUGAACUCCUAUGCGGGCGCCAGUUUGGGCCCAUUGACAACAGUCGAGCUGAUGUUUGAUCUGGCUGCGAAACACACCCCAUGGCCGCUCGUGUAUAUCGCACGAGCUUUCCGCAAAGGCAUACAGAAGAACUUCACGACAGGUGAGUUCAAGAAGAGCAUGGCGUUCUUGGAGGGCGAAUUGAGCGAUAACGAGUGGUUCAAUGGCAAGGAGUUUGGGAGAGCGGAUAUCAUGUUGAGUUUUCCAAUCGACUACAUACAUAUGAGGAAGUGGGCAGACUUAGAGAAGGAUCAUCCUAAGAUUUCGGCUUGGAGGCAGAGAGUUUGGGAGCGGCCAGCUUGGAAGAGGGGGUUGGAGAAAGGUAACGGAUAUGAUCUUACGCUGUUUUAAGAGGAUGAUUCCGGCCAACAGUCCUCUCGACAUUGACAUUUGGGUCCAUCCCUACUUUACCUCCUCAGCAAGCAAUAAUACCCACACCUAAAUUUUUAAGUUCUUGUUCCAGCAGAAGAAGAUGCCAUGGUCGUGAGCGAUGGAGAGAUGUUAUAGAAAUGGGCAAGGCGAGACAGGAGAGGAAUAUAGUAGUAGGGAGUAUCCCUUCUCGAGUUGAGUUCAGCCGGUACAAUUUCCGUCAAUCGCUACUGCAUUUUCAAUUGUCCGAAUUUGACAUUUCCAAUACUCGUUGGACUUAUUUUCUUAUUCAAUCUGUAUAUUUGAAUGCAUCGAGCGUUAUUGCGAGUAAACGAUUGCUUUAGCCGGGUUCAGAAGACUUUGUCUCUCUCUGGCAUUCCUGAGCUCUGCAAUAACCAUUUCUUC